AUGCUGCGCCGCCUCGCUCUUCAGCCUGUCGCUCGUCGUGCCUUUGCCGCGUCUCCAUCCGCGCUGGUGGUGCGUAGGGCGUCGACGGUAGCCAUUUCUGUGCAGGGGCUGCACUACGUCGGCACCGGCCUCGCCGCCAUCGCGCUCGCGGGUGUCGGGCUCGGCAUCGGCACCAUCUUUGGCAACCUGCUCGUCGCCUGUGCGCGCCAGCCGAACCUGACGAAGAUGCUGUUCAACUACGCCAUUCUCGGCUUCGCUCUGACGGAGGCUAUCGGUCUCUUUGCCCUCAUGCUUGCCUUCCUGAUGCUCUUCUCGUAG